AUGCAGCCUGCUUUGGCUUUUCUUACCGCUUUUCCAAUGCUUUUCUGCUGCUUUUCAUCUGCUUUCUUCGGAGUUGAUAAAACGCUUGACUGCCAGCCAUCGUGCCACAUUUUGCGGCUGACCAUUGCGGCGCUAACACGCAGAUUCAGUAACAGAUUCACAGUCAGAUCUACUUAAUUCAGAGUAGUUGGCCUGGAGAUGACCAGCAGCCAGGUGCGAUUCCUUUUGCUGAGUGUGCUCUGCACCUCGCUGGCAUUUGGCCAGGACAGCACUAGUACAACCCAAAGCCAGGAAGUAACCUCAGAGGCAACAGAGGCCCGUGGCCUGGCCAGCAGCUACGAGCCGGAGGAGAAGCCAGAACUUGCGGUGCGCAAGAACUCCCACAUCUUCAUGGGCAUUUACAAAAACUACAAAAGCACCUAUAUGGGCAACAAAACCACAAGCGACUACAAAAAGCGACUCAGGGAUCGCGUAAGUGCCCCUCAAAUGACUGGCAACGAGGCCCAGGACACGAUGGCCCCCGAGCAGAUGGACCCCAGGGACACCCUGGCCAUGGAGAUUCGCCAGGAUGCAAACGCGGAGGCCUUGUUGGAGGCCCAGACCGAAACGCCCAGUUACGAUGAUGGUGAGGGCACUUCCUCCAGUGGAAAGAAGCGACGCAAACGCAAGCGCAAGGAUCGCAACAAGCGGCGGGAGGAGGUUGUGGAGGCGGAAACGGAAACAGACCAGCCAGAGGCAGCUCCAGAGGAUGAGAGCAUACAGCGAUAUCAUGUGGGUCCAGGACUAAACGUAAGUCUGGACAUGAGCAACGAUAUUGUGCAUGUGAAGCUGGAUGGGGAGAACCUCAAGGAUAUCAUAGGAGCCCGUUGGCUUACGCUGGAUAACAGUGAAGAAGGUCGUGGCAAAAAGUAUGACAUGAUCACCAAGGUCCUGCCACUUUUCAUACUUCCCUUCCUCAUCCAGUCAGCCAUUGUUCCAUUUCUGGUUACCAAGCUAAAGCUGCUCUUGGUCAAGUCCAUUCUCGUGGGAAAGCUGGCCAUCUUCCUGCUGAUCAUCUCGGCCAUCAAGAACGGCAACAAAAUGGUUCAGAGCUAUGAAGUGCCCUCCUACUGGGCAGGUGAGCCGAGCCGGAGGUCGGAGCUGGCCGCCGCUGCCUCCUCGGCAGCAGCCGCUUACAAUGGCUACCGGGUGGAGGGAAAGCCCACCACUUGGAUAAGCUAGAUGGCGCCCAUCCCCUCCCAUUUGUAUAAGUUUCGGUUUAGGCAGUAGGUCCGGAGAAAUAAAUAAACAUAGAAAUCGCG